AACGAAAUCAUCUAAAUCAUGAAACAAAAAACGGACAUUGACGAGGAUGUCUCAUCCAUAUGUGAAUCAACGGCUUCCUUGACGGAGGGCUGUAGGCUAUCGGUGCGUAUGCACAAAACGGACGAUUGGCCACUGGCUGAGAUCGUUAGCAUUAAGGAGCACGAAGGCAAACGACAGUUUUAUGUUCAUUAUGUCGAUUUCAACAAACGUCUGGAUGAAUGGGUAACUGAAGAAGAUUUGGACACACGCAAGGUACAAUUCCCCCGGCGAGAUGGUACCCAAACUGGAGCUAGUACCGGGGUGACAACACCCAAGAAAUUACUUUCGGUUACAGGUAGUGCUUCGAGACCCACCUCACCACAACCCGGUGCUGGUGAAGUGGUUAAUGGUAAUGCCGUGUUAGCGGCAGCAUUACAGAAGAAAAUUAACCGUAAACGAAAGGUAGAUAAAGUCGGUAUUCCUGCACAUCCAAAUACUUCGUGUAUUACUAAUAUUCCAUGUUUAUUGCAGAUUAUACCCACACCUUUGCCACCAGCCCCACCUGUUGUACCAGAAGCUGCUCCGCCUGCGGCGGCACCAGUUGUAGUCCCAGCCGCCGAAGAGGUUUCUCAAGAUGGCAAAAGUGCCACACCACGACAAUCCGGUAGUAUGGUUAGCAUACAUCAAGACGAUGUAGUAACACGUAUGAAAAAUAUCGAAAUGAUAGAACUGGGUAAACAUCGUAUCAAACCUUGGUAUUUCUCACCCUACCCUCAGGAAAUCUGUCAAAUGCCCUGCAUUUAUAUCUGUGAAUUUUGUCUGAAAUAUCGUAAAAGUCGAAAAUGCCUAGAACGACAUUUGGUAAAGUGUAAUCUACGUCAUCCGCCUGGUAAUGAAAUUUAUCGCAAGAAUACGAUAUCCUUCUUCGAAAUUGAUGGGCGCAAAAACAAAGUUUAUGCCCAAAAUUUAUGUUUACUGGCCAAGCUAUUCCUCGAUCACAAAACGUUGUAUUAUGACACAGAUCCGUUUCUGUUCUAUGUAAUGACAGAAUACGAUAGCAGAGGUUUUCAUAUAGUUGGUUAUUUCUCCAAGGAAAAGGAAAGUACAGAAGAUUACAAUGUUGCCUGUAUUCUGACAAUGCCUCCGUAUCAACGCAAGGGUUAUGGCAAAUUGUUAAUAGAAUUUAGUUAUGAGUUAUCGAAAUUUGAAGGUAAGACAGGGUCACCGGAGAAACCUCUAUCGGAUUUGGGUCUGCUGUCAUAUCGUUCAUACUGGGCUCAGACAAUACUAGAGAUAUUUAUCAGUCAAAAGCCAAAUAGUGAUGGAGAGAAACCCACAAUAACCAUAAAUGACAUAUGCGAAGUGACCUCCAUUAAAAAGGAAGAUGUCAUCUCCACGUUACAAAACCUCAACCUGAUAAAUUAUUACAAGGGCCAGUAUAUUGUGUGCAUAAAUCGUGAAACAAUAGACCAACAUAAAAAAGCCAUGGAGAAACGCAAAAUACGCAUCGACUCGAAAUGCCUGCACUGGACUCCCAAAGACUGGUCGAAACGUUCAAAGUGGUAA